AUUUCUUCCUACUUCAUCACAUUUCAACCCGAUUCUACAUAAGAUGGCAAAUUUCUAAUGGCAGCACCAGUAGUAUAACUACAAAUGUGGCUGCCUGCGUAGGAAACGAUAAAGAAAUAUUAUAAAAUCGUAGAUAACUACGCUACGAAGAGGUAGUCGUCAGUGCCAACACAGAAGACUCUACCUUCAGUAUCAUCACUUCAAAAAAGAAAAAGAGAAAAGAGAAAAACUAUUAUCCACCAACCCCUGAAUACUAUUGAUCUCCAUACAUAGUCGUCACCAUGAACAAAGGAACAUCCCCAGACCAGUUCUUCCAGACUGAUGCCGAGCAGGCCAAGAGAGAAAGACGUGCGGCGAAAGCUGGUAACAAGAAUGGCAAUCCCAUCGUCCUUAAAUCAAAGCUGUUAGCUGCUAUAUCGGAUCCCGCCGACCCAUCCUCGGUUCUCAUUGCCGAGUCUGCAGGAUCAGUUCGUAGGGUAAAUGUUGAUACAGGGGAUACAAAGCAGGUGUUCCGAGGCCCACCGGCACCGGUAACUUGUGUUGCUGUCGGUGGAUCUGGUAACAAUACACUCUUUGCCGGCUCUUGGGAUAAGAACAUAUGGUCUUGGGACCUUGCUUCUAAAACACCUGGUCGCAAAUACGAUGGUCAUUCGGACUUUGUUAAGGCCGUCGUGACCGCUAAGGUUGGAGGAAAGGACAUCCUGAUCAGCGGUGGUGCAGACAAGAAGAUCAUCGUAUGGGACCUCCAAACUGGAUCUCGACUCCAUGUGUUGCAAGACCAGGCUGUAUCAAUGAUGGCCAUUCAAGACCUUGUCAUUGACCCGGUGCAGUCGGGACCUGACGAAGUCAUACUCGUCAGUGCCAGUAGCGACCCUCACAUCCGUCGAUGGCGCAUUCGACUUGAUGGCUUUGAACAGAUCAAGGAAGCCUCGCCGGAUGAACCUGGCGCGGUUCGUCACACGGUUUUAGAACAUGACACUACGGUAUACAAGGUGGUAUUUGAUUCCGAAAGCGAAGAGGUCGACCUAUGGACAUCGAGCGGCGACGGCACAGCAAAAUGUCUAUCACGGAUCAACGGAUUUACGACUGAUGAUUCCGUCCGCCACGGUGACCACGUGCGGGCCGUUGCUGUGACAGACCAAUGGAUAAUCACCGCUGGAAGGGAUGAGGAUAUCAAAGUUUGGAACCGUUCAUCCGGGAAACUAUACAGUAUACUCGAAGGUCACUACGACGAAGUUACCGACCUGGUUGUCCUUAACGCAGGCAAGCGAAUUGUUUCGGUGUCUAUUGACGGGACAGUAAGGACAUGGUCGCUUUGCCAGGCCGAGCUCGAUAAGAUUAAUAAGGACAGGGAGGAUAAAGGGCUUAAGCAUGAAACGCCAGAAGAACCCAAAAAGGGAGUUAUGACAGCAGAGGAAGAAGCCGAACUUCUUGAGUUGAUGGAAGAUGAUGAAUAAUACCCCUGAUAAUACCCCUGAGACAUUUCGAGGCAAACGAUGAAUUAUUACUCGAAGACAUGAUUACCUUUUACAGGUAGAUUAUGUACGGAAAUAGACAGG